AUGGCGGUCUGCGCGCUUGUGUCCGCUCGAGUCCGAGAUCAGGCGAUUUUCAAUCCUUCUUGGGACAUUCAAGAAUUGUCGGAAACGCCAUCGGAAGCGUUUUAUGACGCUGCAGUCCGUUGCUGGGCCGACUAUGAAAACUCCAGCCAAGCCCACACCUUGAAUGCAUUGCGGUCCUGUGCUGUGCUUGCCCUCACAGCCAUUCAGUAUGGCAAAAUUCGCGAGAUGCAACUCUAUCUUGGGAAAUACCACACUUUCGUAGCUAUGGAUGGACUGCAUGACGAAUUGAACUGGCCCAAAAAUAUCGGCAUUGUCGAGACUGAAGAGAGAAGGCGGCUGUUCUGGUCCAUGUAUACCUUGGAAGUCUAUUCGUCCAUCAUCUGGAACGGUAUCACACGGUGUCGGGAACAGCAAGUCAACGUUGCAUACACCACGGAGCUAGAUGAUGAGCUUUUCAAUGACAUGGGAUACACUCAACCAGCGUCCUCUCCCGUUGACAUCGGACCAAGCCCGGGUGGCAGAUGGGGUGAGGUGAAGAGCAGCAGUUGGCUUAGUGGCUGGAACUUCACCACCGAUCUUUAUCGGGUCCUUGAGCACGUCAUCACCAACUUUCGUGACCGAAGGCGAGGUAGGAGGACAUUCCUCAGCGAUAUGUUUGGCGACAAGACUGCCAUUUCCCCCUCUUUCGUCCGUGACUCCCUGAUGGCACUAUAUGGCAACCUUCCCGGCUGCUUCAAAGAAUUUCCAGAGAUUACAUGUGAUCCUUCAAGCGAUCGGUAUGGAUUCCAGGCCGCCAAUAUCACUGCAACUGUCCAGCUGCUUCGAAUGAUGUUGUUCGCUUCAGGUGGUGGUAACAUUGAAGAACGUUGCAAGAUCGCGAGCGAGGUGGUUGAUGCCUUCACACGCAUUCCAGUUGCCUAUCUGCGAGCAAUUAGUUCGCCCCUCCUCCAUCAUCUUGCUGGUAUCGGCGCAAUUCUGGGCAGCGUUCUCGAGGAGCCUCUAAGCGAUAUUGCCUAUCAGCAAGUGCGAGUCGUCUUGCUGUCACUUGCGCAGCUGCUGGAGAAUCUCGAUCAUGGCCUUCAUUCGGCAAUCAACGCAGAGCGACUGCGGAACCUGGUGGCGCAGAUCGAUAGCUACUGGAAUCAGCUGCGCAUCUGCCCUGAGGGUGAGACGAGUGCUUCAAUGAAUUCGCCCAAUCGGAAAUACCACAGUCCGCGGCAUCCCGGCGCACGGAGAACCAUCCCUUCCCAGUUGGCCACCAGUCUGUUCGAAGACUGGCCAUGGAACUUGGACCUUGUGCAAGUAGCAGAGAGCUGGUCGCCCACAAGCCUGAUCCUAGAUGUGUGA